CUGCGGUCUUGUUAUAAUAGAGCCUAGCGGAAAUAGGCGCAAGGAACUAUUGGAAUCAUCCAUGGAAGUCGAAGAAAGUGGUAUGUCGGAUUGUGCUGUCAACGACUGUGAAGCGGAAAUCAAUACUAAGUCAGAUGAAAUCACUUCAAAAAUUCAGUCUAUGCCGACUAUGCAAAAAGGGCCUUCCAGAGAUAAAGAUACAUCUAGUCGAUAUGUCAUGGGUAAAAAAAAAGGAAAUAGAACUCUAAGAAAACUUAAAAGGCCCUUUCGAAGUGGGCUUCGAACAAGCACAUCGGAUAGAUUUUUGCAUGAGGAAUCAUCCGUGAAAAAAAUAGUCUCUCUCUUUGCUACAAAACCGUCAUAUAAUGAGGGUUCUCAAUUUCGUAAAGGGAAGAGAGAACUGGAUCUUUCCAACAAAAAUCUAAACUCUUCCAAGAUAUCUGACAUGGUAGCUGAGGGUCAUUGUACUGUAAGGAAGUUGAAUUUGUCCAACUGUCGUCUAACUUAUUUGCCUGAGGCUCUAAAUAGUUGCUUCAAAUUAGAAGAACUUGAUCUUUCCCACAAUCCUUUAAAUUACCCAUCUCCAUCUUGUUUACCUAUCCAGUCAUUAUGCAAUUUGAAAAAGUUGGAUUUAUCUGAUUGUCAUCUAACUGAAAUACCUUUUGCUUUCCCACCCAAUCUACAAGAGUUGAAUUUAUCUCACAACAACUUGGACUAUCAAGCCGACUUGUUAGAAUAUCUAAAUAGAAAGAAGAAAAGUGGUAAAGCAGUAGUGUCUAAGAGUGGCAAGGAAUCAGAGCAUAUGACAAGAAUUUUAGAAUUGUCUAAAUUAAAAAAACUGAUUAUAUUUGAAGACAAUGUUUAUACAAAGUCGAGGUUUGGUGGAGUAUGGACUCUUAAAAGUCACCAAGAGCCAGUUCUCUUUUCAAAGUUAAUGUCGACCGAUCGAACCAGCCUUCAGGGUGAGGUCAAAGAAAGUGGUAUGCCGGAUUGGAUUGUCAACGACUGUCAACCAUGUGAAGAAGUUACUCGGUUGGACGAGUUUUGUCGAAUACGAAAGUCAGAUGAAAUCACUGUAGAAACUUAUCGCUCUAUGCUUCAAAGUCUAAAUAUCGUUUGUUGCCUUCUCAAUACCAAUGGGGAAACGACUUUGAAUAGAAGUUGUGGAAAAAUAUUUUAUGAAUUGAACGACAUUAGUGGGAAUGAUCAGUUUUCUCAUAAAAUGGAAGGAUGUCGGUCGAAUUUGCAGCGUGGUGUUUCUUUCUUGGGCAGAUGGUCAAUCCGCGGUGAUGAUCAUGAGUUUACUUUGGAAAACAGCGGUAAAGUAUUUUGGAAUGCCUUCGAAUCUGCCAGAAUACCUUCAGUGGAAUCCCUAACUAUGGCUGAUCAAAUUAUUUCUACGAAACUGAGAAUUACAUCAGAAAUACUUCGCAAUUUAGCUCUUCCAAGCGCCGCAGUUCUUGGUUGUUUAAACCUUUUACAAGAGCUUCAUGAUCAACAGGAGGUUCAAACGGCACUUUCUUUCGUGGCUAAUGGAAAAGCAGUAAGCAUUCAUGAAAGAGCGCACUUCGAAAAUGUUAUUUCCAUCUUUAAAUUAAACAAGAUCCUGUAUGAUUUCACCCUAACGUUCGCUAAAUCUCCACCAUUUGCUGAAGAUUGGCCCGCGACGAUAAAACUGGCUGAAAGAACUUAUAAUCCUUUGACUCAGAAACGAUGGUUAAAAGAACAGCUGGAGGCCUCCAGCAUUACUAUGCGAUUAAUUGGGCUUAUUGACAUCGAAUCUCAAACACAAGUUAUUCAUGAUCAUGCGGCCAGGUAUAAUGGUCCAGUCAUCGAAAGUAGUGGAAUGUCCAGAAAUAAUAGCAGCAUCACUAUUGGUGAAGCAGGCGGAUGCUUUAGCAUUCCAAUAGCAAGUGGCUGCCUAAUUUUUCCGCCCCAAGAUUUUGAUGAACCAAAAACUAUGGAGAUUAGCCGAGUAAGAUAUGAAGAAUGUGAGGUGAAACCAAAAGAUGGAGAAGUAUUCGUAAGCCGAAUCCUUGAAAUUAAACCUAAAGGUGUGACCUUCAAGAAACCUGUGACAGUUUUUAUAUCGCAUUCAGCGUACGAGGAUCAGAUUUUUCUUGAUUUUUAUGAACUGGUUAUCGGACGUUUAAACCCAGCAGGAUGGCAAGAGUUAAAGACGGAACGUAUAAGCUCCAUUGAAGAUGUGCCAAAAGAAAUACUUAAUCCAGAGGCCUUAGAAGAUUAUUUGCCAUGUGCUCAAGCCACCAUUCAAGAGACUUGUGCAUUGGUUGCAGUGACACGAAUCAGGUCCGAAAUGAUCUUUGUACCGACAAAUCGAAGUUAUACAUUCAGCAAGGCGUAUGGCAAUAAUGCAGAAUUAAGAAUGACAUUCCCAGCUGGUGUCACGAAAGAGAUACUAUGUUUAAAAGUUCAGUUGAUUCCUGUCGAUACCAUUGUAAACACAGAUGCUUAUCGUGACCAGAAUCUCAUUCGGGGUCCUGUAAUUAAAGUUUCUGGUCAGAAAGUUCCAUUUCUUAAACCAGUUGAGGUUGAGCUAACAUACUCUCACUGUGAUGUUGCUAAUAUUGAUGAGGAUGUGUUACCUGUGGGAACUAAAACUAAGAUGACCGCUAUGUAUGGCUUUUUGUUGCAUAAACACAAGGUGACCGAUUCCGAAUUACGAAGUGAAAUAAUAAAUGAGACUAACGAGGUUUAUAUCGAAAGGCAGAGGAAAGAUCAGUUGAGGUUCUUCUUUUCGGUGCAACACUUUUCCGAUAUCCAACCUGUAGUUUCCACGACAAAGCGUGAAAGUUAUAUUCCGCCCAUGUCGAUCAGUGGUGCAACGAAUAUAAACCUUCAACGUUACAAUGCAAUCGUAUUAGCUGUGCAUAAAACUGGUUGCAGCCCGGCUACUCUUCAUGCUAUCCUGGCACCAAGGGAAGCGCUGAAGAAUAUUAAAGAUAAAUGGAAUGUCACAAACGAAUACCGCAAGUUUGAGAAACCGCUGAGAUUUAGAGAACCGGUAUACUUUUGUGUCCCGUGGUCGAAUGACAAUCAACUUGAUCAUCUUCCCUUAGAAAAUCAUACUUUGAGAUUUGAUCCAGAUCUUGAAUUAGAAUCAGAACUGCACAAUAACACUGAGGAAGGUAUUAAUCUCAAAGGGAAAGACAUGCGUUUCUUACAGAAAGAGUGCCAUGAUGGAAAGAAUCACAGCACUCAAGGAGAUUGUCGUGCGGUGGCACCAAUCUACACUUCUUCAAUUAGUUCAGUUCAGGGUGUCGAUAGAAAUGUUAAUGCGACAUCACCAACAUUUACACAGAGACAAGAUGAUGUAGAAAAUAAAAUUUUAUCUACCGUAAACGACACGAAAAUAAAAUCUCAGAAAGAGGGUGUCGAUAGAAAUGUUAAUGCGACAUCACCAACAUUUACACAGAGACAAGAUGAUGCAGAAAAUAAAACUUUAUCUACCGUAAACGACGCUGAAAUAAAAUCUCAGAAAGAGGACAUGAAAGAUAAUCUACAUCGUUGCGAACUUUUCGAGGAGGAAAUUGAAAAAAAGUUCCUAGAAAAGUUAGGGAUAAACAGGGGUAAUAUACAAAAUCCCAUCGACGGAGUUACGGCAAAGACACUAGCCGAUGCAGGAGCUGUGUCGUCAAUUGCCCUUGGGAUCGCUGGUGGAGUAACAAUAAUUUUAGGUAUUUCAACAUUUGGUGUCACUUCCUUUGCUUUGGCGGCCAUGACUGGUGUAACCUUCACUGUGUCAAAAGUUAAUAAGAGGUUGAAAAAAUCAAAUGCCAAGAAAUUGAAUGAAAAAGUGAAAUUAUAUCUCCAUUCUCAUUUAAAAUGCAUCAUUUUGGAUGUCGCCAAGGAAUUGUCUCGUAUGUUUGAGUACCAAGUACAAAACGUAUAAAACGUCGACCGAAUAUCAACCAAAAAUGCACGGUUGUAAAUUUCUGCUGUGAAUAUUCUGAUAACUACAAGAAUUCCACAGUUGGUCAAUACUUUGGUGAAUCUGCCAUUGACUCUGAAUAUACUGAGUGUCGACAUGAACUUUCCAAUUAUCAUCCAAUACAUAUUUUAGUCCAAUGUCCUAGAAUUUUGAAUUCGUUUGUUAAUAAUAAUUCGAAAGAGCCUUCUUUGGCGGCCUUUUUAAAAGGAAUGUUGGGUCUUCCCGAGCAUCACAUUGUUCGCUCAGUUUAUCGGCAACAUUCUCCAGGGAGUGUUCCUAAUCUACAAGGGUCAGACCUUACUGGAUCAGAUUUCAGCCAUUCCGAUUUUUCAAAUUCCUCACUCGAGGAUUGCCAUAUUGCGAAGUGUGUCAUGUUGUUUACAAGAUUCGUUGGUGCGAAAUUGUCUGGUUCAAAAUUCGUUGACACAUUGAUUAGUCACAGUGAUCUCUCUAGCGUCCAAGCUGAUCGUUGCGAGUGGACGAAGGUGUCGCUACUUUAUUCGCGUGUAGAUAAGGCAAAUCUGGAAAGCGUGGUGCCUAGUAUAAGUGGUAAUUGUCUAAGUGGGACGAACAUCAGCGACGCCAUCUAUAGGAGAAGUAAAGAAAUAAACGGCAACGAAAUUAGCCGCAGUUUAGUAGAACCCACUUAAAGAAGAUGUGCCUCAUGAACUUAAUAAGAAGAAGAACUUAAAGUGAGGAAACAAAAAACUGUGAUUGUGCACUGUUUUGAUGUUUAAAUCAUUUGGUGCACAUGUCGCCCAAAGUGAAAGUUGGAUUUUCUUCCUGGAUUUUCUAUUGUUACGAGCCGGUCCUUUUAAUUACUAAUGGCUGCGCUUUUGGUGGCUCAAUUCGCUCGCAACAAAUAUUGUGAAACCGAUUACUUUUCAAUUAUUUAUUCUUUAAUACUAUACUUAUAGUGAAACAAUCAACGUCUUUAUAAUCUUUAUAUAAUACAAUAUAUAAUACUACUAAUAUGACUUAGAUAGUUCAACUUAUCUGAGCACAACUCUCGAUAUCUUGACAAUUCUGUAUUCUUUCUAUCGUAAUGGUUCUCUCUUUUCUUUUUGUUUGUGGUUCUUUUCAGGUUACUUCUUUAAUUUCGUUUUUAAACCAAUGAUGCUAUGCAGGUCAAGAGCUCAAGCGUUGUGCUCUGACUUUUAUAUGGUUUGCUAGGAGAAGGGACUAUAGAACUAUGACAUAUUUACCCUACGCAAUACAGCGUGACUAAGCAAGUAAGAGCGUGAUGAAGCGAGUAAACAACAACAAUGGUUAGCCCCAAACAAAGCUAUGUCGGUUACGUUGUUGGUUUGCGGGACAAGGUUCUCUGCAACUAUUUCCUUACUCGUGCAUGUAUGGUUAACUAAGUUCACUAAGGUUCAUUGAAUAUUGUAAUAGAUAUAAUUUACAUUUUGUAUGAUGUACAUGACGUGGCAAUGCCGCAUCCAAAGCAUAUAUUAUCACAUAGACAUCUUAUAUCGUUAGUCGUAGUUGUAAAACGAGGGUGCAAGGAUUCAUGUACAAGGAUGUAAAAAGUUUUUACGGAUUAGCAAGUACUUUAGUUUAGUAAGUUAGUAGUUUGUAAUAAAGUUUUUAGAAACGAG